AGUGGUUUUAAUGCGACUGUUUUGACGACUGCCGGAGGGUAUUGUUGAGUGAAUGUUUUGUGGGGUCUUUUUUUUUUGUGUGAUGAUUAGAAGAUAGCAAAUGAGUAUGUAAUUAAACAGAAUAAAUUUUCUUUUACAAUAUUAGGAUAAUGGAACACGCAAGUACUGAAGAGAAAUUCCAUACUGCAGUAGAGUUGAUAAGAUGCCUUCCCAAGACAGGUUUUAUUCAGCCAUCAAAUGAUCUCAGAUUGAAGUUUUAUUCAUAUUACAAACAAGCUGUUGAUGGGCCAUGUGAAUUACCAAAACCUGGCUUUUGGGACGUAGUAAAUAGAGCAAAAUGGGAUGCAUGGAAUAAACUAGGAAAUAUGUCCAAAGAAGAAGCUAUGCAAAAGUAUGUCGAUGAAUUUGUCAAGAUUAUAAAGGAGACUGAGUUAGAUGAUCUGAGUUGUUUAUCGGACUACAUGCAUUUAAUUGGGCCUUACAUUGAUUUUGUUCCCAAAGAAAUACAAGAACAGCACAAUCUAAUGAAUGGAAAAAAUAACAACAUAUUGAAGAAGAGCCCUGAGGAAAUUGCAGAGAGGUCAUUGAAUAGCGGAAAACCGUUAAAAGGCUUCAAAAAAGAAUAUGAUGAUGAUUCAUCUGAAGAUAUGAUUUUAUCUUCUGUGAAUGGUCACAAUAUGAAUGGAAGUAAUGAAAGUGAUAGUGAAGAAUUUUCUGACACUCUUGAAAGAGUUAAUGAGAAUGAUUCUGUAGAAACAUCUGUAUCUCUCGGAAAUGUUGUUGCUAAGAACCCUGUAGCAGACAUCAAAGGAUCAAAUGUCAGUUAUGUCCGAGGUGGUGGAGAGCAGCCAAGCGGAGGAAGGGAUGGUAACUCAGCUGUUGGAAUUCCGUCUAGCAGCAGGGGAAGCAGAUCAUCUCGACAGGGAAGAAGCUCAGAUAAUCCGUUACCCUAUGGCUCAAAUAACAGCACCAGUGGUGGUGCAGGAGGUAGUCGAAGAAGUGGAGGCAAUUUAAAUCCAGAACUUACAGCUGAUGUCAAUGAACAGUUAGCGCUGGCAGUGCUUCGCUUGCAGCACAUUAUGGAACAAGUAGUAGUACGUUUAGAUUCACUAGAAGCACUUCUCACUCAGCGAAAGGCUGACAGCUCUAUUUUAAAGGUUUCUACUGGAAAACAGUCUUCUUGGACAUUCCUGGGUAUUUCUCCAAAACUUGCAGUUAUUAUACUAGCUUGGCCUUUCAUUGUGCAGUGGUUGAUGUACACAAUAAGGAAGAGGCGUUUCCGUUCUUAAAAGCAAUAUUAAAAUUAGAGCUAUUUUUUUAAAGGCAUAAUUUCUGUUUUCCAUUUGACACAUCACAGGGUAUAUGACUAACAAUGUUCCAUGUUUUCAUUCUUUUUUUAUGAUUUCUUGAUAGACCCUCAUAAUGUAUUCAGAUUUCAUCAAUAAUUUUAAUAACUAGUGUAUGAUUUAAUGUAUGCCGUAUUAAACUGAACUGAAUGGAAAUUGCACAAUGUUUGAAGAAAAGAAACAUCAAAAUUUCAUUUUAGAAAUUGGACUAACUUGUAUCAAGAUAAUGUUUUGAUAAAAGUGCAGUGUAUUCUGUACGUGCAUGUCAAAUAAAAUAAUAGACAUCAAUUUCCUUCCAUUUGAUUGACUGAAGAAUGCAAAGAAUUGAAGUGAUAUAGGUAUCUGAUACAGGGUCCUCGCAUACUAAUUGUGUUCUAAUAUUACAAUCAAUUUUCCUAGUGGUGGAUGAAGUGACUUUGAAUUUUAAUCAUUGUGUCAUAUAAAUAUAAUUUGGAGAUAUAAUCAUACAGAAAUAUAAAAAGUUCUUUGUCAAUAAAAGUUGUCCAUUUCUCUCUCAAAAAUAUAAAAAUAUUAUAAAAUGCUCCAAAAUAUGAAGUUGCUAAAUUCAGUUUCAAUAUAGAGUAAUAGUUUAAAUAUUUUUAACUUAAGGAAAUAUUUUCUUCAGUCAGUAAUGUUCAUUUCGAACAGAUAAAAUAUGGCUAUGGUCAUUUAAUCUCAGCUUUAUUUAGGAAAAAAUUCUCAUGUGAGUUUUAAACGUAUUCUUUGAUUUAACAGAAAUAAAUGGAAUUUGAUUUUUAAAACAUUUUCUUAGGUCAAUUGAAUUUGAUUUUUAAACAAUUUGUCAUUGUAUUUGGGAUGAGUAUAUGUUAUGUGAAUUAUGAUUAUUUCUUAAUUUUUUGGCGGGAGUCUAAUUUUUAAUGUUUUUACUUCAGUGUAAGGUUAUGAAAAUGGCAUUUUGAUAACCUUACACUGAACCACAUUUGUGAACUUAAUGUAUUAUGUUUCAUACAUAUGUAUUCAUUUCUGAUAAUAUUGUUACAUAAAAAAAAUCACAAUUUUCCUGUUUUUUUCCCUUAAAGAAUCUUGGAACAUUGGUUGUUUUCCUAUCUGACAUUUAAUUUUACAGGCCAGAAUACUUACUCAGUGUUUUCUUUUGUAUUUUGUAAGAGUUGUUUUUUUCGAUCAAAUCUCUCUUAUAUGUUACAUAAAUAAGGGAAUUGGUUAAGAUUUUUAUUUAUAUGAUAUAUGAUAUAUAUAUAUAUAUAUAUAAUUGUAAUAUAUGUACAUUUUAUGUAUUUAAUGUAAAUUCUGAUUUUUAUUAUUAAAAGAUUAAAAAUUUAA